AAAAAUACUGAACAAGAAUUUGAUCAAACAGAAGAAUUACCAAAAUGUUUACUUUGUAAAAAAAAUCAUUGGAGAUGUAAAGGAGAAAAAUAUAUUCAAUGCUAUAAACUUGCACUUUGUAAUGAUAUAAAUUAUUUAAAUUGUAAAGAGCAAAAAAUUGAAUAUCAAUAUUCAUUUUCUAGAAAUCAAGAAGAAUAUGAUAGUUUUGGAAACAUAUUAACUAGAAAACAAUUAGAUGAAUUAGAUUCUGGUUCAUUUAUUUUUGAAAAACAUAGAUUUAUGGUUGGUAGUUUAGAUGAUGUUAUUAACAAAAUAAAUAAUGCUAGACUUGAUGAUAUUAAUAGAAAAACAAAAUUACAUAAUGAAUCUAUAAGAACUGGAAAGUCAGAAACAACCAAAAAAUUAGUACAAGCACUAACUAAACUUCUUAAUAAUGAAUUAUAUGAAAAUAAAAGUUGUAAUAAAGCUAGAGAUAAUCAAUAUAUUAAUGAAUAUUAUAAUCAAGAAUUAAAAUUUAUAAUCAAAACUAUUAAAGAAUAUCAACUUGAUGAUAUGCAAUUAUUUAUUGAAAGACGAUUUGAUGUUAAGUUUGAAGAAGAUUUAGAUAUUGAAGAAGUUAAGAAUUAUGUAUAUGAUGAUGAUUUUGAAAACUUAUAUAAAGAUGAUGAAAAUAUAUAUUUAAAAUAUCAAGUUGAUAUGAAUUGGAUUUUGGAAGGCAUAAUUUGUGAUAUAAAUUAUGAAGAAAAUAGUUUUGGGGUUUAUAACAAAUACUGGGAAGCAAAUUUAUCUAAUAAUAUUAUAAUUCCUAAAAAUAUUAAUGUCUUACAUAAAAAGUUACAAGAAAAGAUUAAAAUUUAUCUAAAAUAUCAAUCAG